AUGUUCCCACCAUUGUACCAAAAUCCGUUCCAAGACGUCACAUGCACCACGCACCCGCCAUUCUACCCUCGGCCAGAAGAUAUCAGCGACAGCAGCCACGCGGCUAUCGAGAUAGCUGCCAACACCACAGCCAGCGACAACAACGACUCCAUGAUCCACCAAAUCAUCGUGGACUCAGGAGCGUCAUCGCACAUGACCGGGAUGCCGCACCAACUCCACGACACGCAACCCUGCGAACGCCGCGCCGUCGUAGCCAACAGGAAAAGCACAACGGCCACUACAAUGGGCAAAAUGAGGAUCAAAACACCACAAGGCAAAACAUUUACCUUAUCCAACGUCCUAGUGAUCAACGGCAUGCCCAUGACGCCGCCCUAA